CCGUCUCAAAAGUUUUGCUGACGACACCGAAUUCUAGCACAAAAUCCGCCGCCGGCCACGCCACAGGCCUCUGAUCAUGUGCAAAUUCUGUAUGAGUAUUUUCUAAAGCGCUACGAUUCCAUAGACCCUAAUUUUUGCCCUGCCAAUGUUCGCCUCAGCGAGAUCUCGCCCUCUGCGUCUCCCGGCUCCACCCUGCUAUGAUGCCCGAGACCGCGUCGCCCAAGGUCCAGCCGGCCAUGGCGGACCCGGAUUCCUCGAGCGACGAGCUGUCUCCGCCACCCGACGACGCGUCUAUUGAGGAGCUCAAGAUUGGCGAUGGUGGCUUCGCGCCCCUCACUGAAGAACACGCCGACGAUGACGCGACGCCGCAUACAAAUGGACACGUGCCGGCAGAGCUCAACGGUCAUCACGAUAGCUCCGACGACGACAGCGAACGACCUACGAAGCGGCGCAAGACCCGAGACUCGACACCUCCCCCGACGGCGCGGAAGCCAAAGAUCGAGUCGCCUCCCUGGAAAAAGAUCGAGGCCGAGGGACCGACGUCGUACACUGAAAACGGCCGGCGCAAGUCCGGUCGAAUCAACACAUUACCACUCGACCUACACCCCCCCGGGAAGAAACGGCUGACGAGGCAGUCUCUUGGAGGCAGGCCUUCUGGCACGCCAAAGAAAGACACCACGUCGGCGUCGACCAAGGGGUCCAGGUCGGUGCCGAGCAAGGACAAGGCGGCGAAGAAGGUGGUAUCCACACCAAAGUCUGCCUCCAAGAAGCCUGUCGCCGAACCCAGGCUCUCGAAUCGAUCGCGGCGGCGCACCCCUUCCCCGCGACCUCAGCCAACGCGGCACUCGACCCGUCCGCGACGAGCCUCACGCCUUGCGGCCGAUUCCGAUACAAGCCCUAUCAACGAUUCCAAGUUUGGCUACUACGAUGCCAGCGGUCGAUCGCCCCGGUCUAGAUGGCGCAUCGUGCCAGGUGCCAUUCCUCUGGUUCAUCCUGAUCAGGUGCGGAAGAGACCUAAGAUUGGUACAAGCUUCGAGGACUUUUGGGCGCGCGCAGGCGACAUCCCCGUCGAGGAGGGCGGUCUGCAGGCAUCUGAAGAUGGACCGCCCUACACUGAUGAUGUUGCAUUCAAAGAGGCGCAAACGAUACUGCGCAUCGAACACGAGGUCGAACCUGGCGGCUUGCUCUCCAGAGAAAGAUGCUCCCUAUUUGCACCUGAGGGUGAAGAGGAGCCACCACGGCAGUGGGCGCGUCGGGAUCAUAUGGUCAAAGCCAUGUCCAACUUCCGCAAGCUGCUCCUCGCAGAGCAGCAACGCCACCGCGCGACCGCCAAGAAGCUCGCUGAGGCUUGCCGCGAUGAGUGGUGGCGACGGCAGCCCAAGUCUGCCGAGCAAGUCGAGGCAGAAGAACGCGACAAGUGGAUACUGCGGUACAGAGUAGUCAUCAGGGCGCUCAUUGGGACAUGGGAAAAUGUCAAGGCCCAGGUGAACCAAAGGCGCCUCGAAGAAUGGGAGGCUGAGGAGCAGCGACGGGUCAAAGCGGCCCUCAACGAGGCUGUCAGCUUAUCCGAACAGAAACUCCAGGCGCGGCGUGAGUUGGACUCUGGAAUGCCGUCCGAUGAAGACGGCUUCGAUGAUCUCAGCGAUGACAUGAGCGGCAGCGGUAGCGAUGGUGACGACGACCUCCUUUCGGACGAAGACGGCCAAGAUGACGACGAUAGCGACAACAUGUCCACCUCGGAUGACGACGAAGGAGAUGAGUCCAAGGACGUGGCGGACGAGGGCCUGACCCAGGAACAACUGCGAGCCAAAUACGCGCACAUCCCCGAGCUAGGGCCACAUUCGCCCAGCCAUGAUGACACCACCAGCGCGGAUCCCGCCACCGCCGAAACGGACGCUGAUGCUGCGCAAGAAACCAGCGACGAGUCGGUGGACAUGGACGACGACCUGGGUUCCAGCGAUAUGGGAAGCGACGACGACGACGAUGAAUCAGAAGGUGGCGACGAAUCGGCAGAUGAGUCUGAAGGAGAGGCUGGAGGCUUGCUUGGCCUAUUUUUCGGCAAGUCCGAGUUGAAACAAAUCCAGGACCAGGCUCCAGAAGACACCACGGCGAAUGGGGAUGACAUCAAACUCGACGAUACCCAUGUUCAAGGGCCGGACGGCACCGAUAAGGCCUGUCCUAUCACAAAUGACGCUGUCGACGACGACGACGCCAUGUCGUUGGUCCGCUUGCCAGAGUCAGUGAAUGGGGAUGGUCUUGAGGAUGAACAAGCCAAUGGACCACAAGACGAAGACGCGAUGACUGACAAAGUAGACGUUUCGGCCAAAGCGGAUGAACCGAUCACCACGCAGAUCAGGGAUGAUGAAGAUGACAAGGCACACAUCCCGGACCAACAGACUAAUGGCGACGCACAGCGGAACACCUCUCCCGCCGAUGAUGUAGCCAUGGCGGACGCCGACCAGGCAGGCGAUCCUGGUGAGCACACUGCGGUGGCUGAGAAGCCCGCUAGCCCUGAGACUGAGCCGGUUACGAACCCAGCCAGCCAAGACCCAAGUCAGUCACCAGCGACAUCAGAAACGAAGCCUUCCGACGUUGAUGGUGCCUCGACAGUGGAUCUUGCUGUGGCCAAGGUGGGAAAGAGUCGGUCUCCUUCGCAGCCGGCACCCGAGAGCCACAAAAUGGAGGUUCCGUUUCUCCUUCGCGGCACCCUGCGCGAAUACCAGCGAGAUGGUCUCGACUGGCUGGCCGGUCUGUACGCCAACAACACCAACGGUAUCCUCGCAGACGAAAUGGGAUUGGGCAAGACUAUCCAAACCAUCGCUCUGCUUGCCCACCUCGCUUGCUCCCACGAGGUUUGGGGUCCUCACCUCGUUGUCGUACCCACCAGUGUGAUGCUCAACUGGGAGAUGGAGUUCAAAAAGUGGUGCCCGGGCUUCAAGAUUCUCGCAUACUAUGGCUCACAAGAGGAGCGCAAGAGGAAGCGCCAGGGCUGGAACAACGACGACGUCUGGAACGUGUGCAUCACGUCGUAUCAGCUGGUGCUCCAGGAUCACCAAGUGUUCAAGCGGCGACGCUGGCAUUACAUGAUUCUCGACGAAGCGCACAACAUCAAAAACUUCAAGUCCCAGCGGUGGCGCACACUCCUGGGGUUCAACACGCAAGCACGGCUACUUCUUACUGGCACGCCGUUGCAAAACAAUCUCACCGAGCUCUGGUCGCUGCUGUUCUUUUUGAUGCCGUCUGAGAAUGGCGUCGGCGGCUUUGCAGAUCUCCAGGAAUUCCAGGACUGGUUCCACAAGCCAGAGUCCCAAAUUCUGGAGAGUGGCAGAGAGCAGAUGGACGAAGAGGCCAAAGCCAUCAUCUCCAAACUGCACAAAGUUCUGCGCCCUUACCUGCUCCGGCGCCUCAAGGCCGAUGUGGAGAAGCAAAUGCCUGGCAAGUACGAGCACGUCGAGUUUUGCCGCCUAUCGAAACGCCAGCGAGAGCUCUAUGACGGCUUCCUAUCCCGAGCCGACACCAAGCAAACGCUGGCAUCGGGGAAUUACAUGUCCAUCAUCAACUGCCUCAUGCAACUACGCAAGGUCUGCAACCACCCAGACCUUUUCACUGACCGGCCCAUCAUGACCUCGUUCCGCAUGGCACGGUCCGUUCCCUGCGACUACGAAUUUACAGAACGCAUAGUGCGGCACUCGCUGCUAGCAACGCCGCCCAUGGCAAAGGUCAAUCUCAGCUUCCUCAACCUCAUCCCAACCGAGCACGAGCAGCUCUCGAAUGCGAGAGCGGAGAGAAUCGCACAAUUAAGCUCGCACCGGACGCUCAUGGACCUUAGGGAGGCGCAACGGAGCCGCGCCCAGAGCUCGUGCAUGACACUCGACCCGUCAACGGUAGAAUCCACCAUUGCUUACCUUGAAGGUGCGUCUCGAUGGGGACGCUUUGAAGAGCUCCAACAUUGUGUCUAUCUCAACGCCCUCCGCCGUCAGCAGCGACCGAUCUACGGCGAGAGUUUGGUCAAUCUCGUCAGCGUAGAGGCACACCGGCGCCCCUGUCGACCUCGUCCGAGGGUGCCUCGGAAGAUCAUGGCCUGGUUUGAAGACGACUCCACAUUUAUUCGCAACCUGAUUCCCAGCCUCGACCAGCGAGCCGACAGCUUCAAGACGACAAUUGAGAAAUUUUCAUGCGUAACGCCAGCGGUCGUGACGCGCGACCUGGAACGACCCAUGCUUGGUCGUAUGGGCGUGCAAGCCUUCACUGAUGCCGACUUGAAGCUGUCAGCGCCUGUCCGCUGGGCCCCCUUUAUGCCGAAAGCGGCGCCUCCGGACCCCUGGCAUGAGGCUCGCAUGCGUCUCAGCAUACAGUUUCCAGACAAACGACUGCUGCAAUACGACUGUGGCAAGCUUCAAGUGCUCGACAAACUUCUCCGUAGGCUCCAAGCAGGCGGCCAUCGGGCGCUGAUAUUUACACAGAUGACCAAGGUCCUCGACAUCUUGGAGCAGUUUCUCAACAUACACGGCCACAAGUACCUACGCCUUGACGGCGCGACCAAGGUGGAGCAGCGCCAAAUCUUGACGGACCGAUUCAACAACGACCCUCGCAUCCUCUGUUUCAUUCUGUCAACCAGAUCUGGUGGGCUGGGCAUCAACCUGACGGGAGCGGACACGGUCAUAUUUUACGACCAGGACUGGAAUCCAGCCAUGGACAAGCAGUGCCAGGACCGUUGCCACCGAAUCGGACAAACACGCGACGUGCACAUUUAUCGUCUCGUCAGCGAACACACGAUUGAGGCCAACAUCUUGCGCAAGGCCUCGCAGAAGCAGAUGCUGGAUGAUGUCGUCAUCCAGGAGGGCGAGUUCACGACUGACUACUUCAAUCGCGUGUCCGUCCGGGACGUUUUGGGUGAGAAAAUUGACUUUACGAGCGAGGGCGUGGCCGCUGCAGAUGCUGCUCUCGACCGCGUCCUGGGCGGACCGUCGGAGAGCAAAGACCAGCGCACCGUAGGCCGUGUACUCGAGCAAGCCGAGGACAGGGAAGAUGUCGCCGCGGCGAGGAUCGCGGAGCGUGAAAUACAGGCAGACGAUGCCGACUUUACAGAGAAGCCCAGCGGCCCCGCUUCGGGGGCAUCGACGACACGACAAGGUACGCCCGCCAAGUCGGUGCUGGACGGCAGCGUCCUAGACGGCGUCGACUCGGUGCAGCUGGACGAAGAUGUGGAGUACAAUGCUUGGGGAGACAGAGUUGGCAACAUUGACGAUUACAUGCUUGGCGUCAUGGCGGCAGAGCUCGAGGGUACGAAGCUGGAGCUGCCCAAGGACAAAAAGAAGAGCAAGAAAAAGAAGGGAAAAGACACAAGGAAGCGAUGAGACCGGGACACGGUGUUUUUUAUGGGGUGGGGGGCUUCUGGCCUAGAAGGGUACCGACCUUGUGGCAUUAAGGAUGGACUGUUGGAAUAGUGUAUUAUAGUACAAAGCAUGGCAAGGGCAUGAGGUCUUAUACGGGGGCCGUCUACAUUGUAUCGACGGCUGGAGUUUAUGGGUGGGCGGGCCAUAUUAGCAAGCAUGCAAAACCGGCGCAGGGCAGAUGACGUGGGCGACCAGGAGGCCGCUGCCAGGAGGAUUCGGAUCGGUGGGUUUGAACUUUUGGCGUGUACAAAUUACGUUGCAAUGCGACAGGGAAAGGUAUAUCCUUCAAGCAAGAUUUUUUCCGUAGCUG